AUGUGUUACUAUGCCAGGACCGAUUUCGCAUGCGGAGACUGGAGAUGGGGAAACAUGAAACAGCGUUGCCCUCGCCAGCCUCGAAUUGGAGAGACUUGCGGCGCUAAACUUGUCGACACCGAAAACCUGUCCAAAACUGACGAAGACUGUAAGAAUUGCCAGGAGAUGGCCGUCAAGAAGAGACGACUCCAGAAGGAGAAAGACAACCUGGCGCGAUGGAGGACCGAGGGCGACAGAUUCACAGCCAGCAUCGCCAAGGCCGAAGAUGAGGUUGCCCGCCUCCAGAAACAGAUCGACGAGUUGAAUGCGAGACGCCCCUAUAUUAUGUUCAGGGCCAGAGCCAACUGGGGGGUGGAGAACCUUCCACGCAGACCACAAUAA